CGGGCGAUGGGCGGGGCCGGGCGAGGGAGGAAGCGGCCUGCAGCCAGCCGGCGGACCUGCUGCCCGGCGCCAUGGAGACGGCCCCGGUUCCCGAGAGCGACAUGGAGAAGGCUACCCUGACCUCGGAAGAGACCCUUGAGGCUAACGACGGUGUGUACACCUGCUUCAUGAAGUCCCACCGCUGCUACGACCUGAUCCCCACCAGCUCCAAACUGGUCGUCUUCGACACCUCCCUGCAGGUGAAGAAAGCCUUCUUUGCACUGGUCACGAAUGGGGUGCGGGCCGCUCCGCUCUGGGACAGCAAGAAACAGAGCUUUGUGGGCAUGCUGACCAUCACGGACUUCAUCAACAUCCUGCACCGCUACUACAAGUCGGCCUUGGUGCAGAUCUACGAGCUGGAGGAGCACAAGAUUGAAACCUGGAGAGAAGUGUACCUGCAGGACUCCUUCAAGCCACUUGUCUUCAUCUCUCCAAAUGCCAGCCUGUUUGACGCCGUCUCCUCGCUGAUCCGGAACAAGAUCCACCGGCUGCCGGUGAUCGACCCCGACUCCGGAAACACGCUCUACAUACUCACUCACAAGCGCAUCCUCAAGUUCCUCAAGCUCUUCAUCGCCGAGUUCCCCAAGCCAGAGUUCAUGGGCAAAUCCCUGGGGGAGCUGCAGAUCGGCACCUACGCCAACAUCGCCAUGGUGCGCACCACCACACCCGUCUACGUGGCACUGGGCAUCUUCGUGCAGCAUCGGGUCUCCGCCCUGCCCGUGGUGGACGAGAAGGGCCGCGUGGUGGACAUCUAUUCCAAGUUUGAUGUCAUCAACCUGGCCGCUGAGAAGACCUACAACAACCUGGACGUGUCCGUGACCAAGGCCCUGAAGCAUCGCUCGCACUACUUUGAGGGCGUCCUCAAGUGCUACUGCCAUGAGACGCUGGAGACCAUCAUCAACCGGCUGGUGGAGGCCGAGGUUCACCGGCUGGUGGUGGUGGACGAGCACGACGUGGUGAAGGGCAUCGUGUCGCUGUCGGACAUCCUUCAGGCCUUGGUGCUCAGGGGCGCCGGGGAGCCCUGAGACGGGGGAGCGGCGGCGGCCCCUCCAGACGGACUGGCCCGUGGACGACUGACCCGCGGGGCCUUGGGCUCUUUUCCCAGGUGCCUGUCCCCCUGCCCCCUCCACCCUCCAUCCCCACCCAGUCACACUUCCCUUGCCCACCCCUGAGGUCAGCCCAGCUGUGAGCUGGAUCACCCCCCCCCCCCCCAUCUCCCCCACCACCCAAAUCCUCUCCUCAGGCUAGUGGGUUCUGAUCUCUGAGAGAUCACCAGCCCCCCCAGGCCCCCGACACGGGUCCGGGAAAUGCUUUGUAAAAAUAUUUUUAUUCUUCUUAGUGCAAAAUGUGUAUUUCGGAACCCGGGGGGGCGGGAUUGGGGAGGGCAAGUGGAGGUGAAGCAAGUAAUUAAAGUGAGUGAAACCUCCCA